CACCCUCUGCGCUCCACUCAUCAAUCAAUCAAUUCAGUCCUCGUCCCCAACUUAAUUUUUAAUGUUUAUCACACCUACUUUCUCUGAGUUAGUCUUCCUUGCUCCGGAAGACUCCUUUCGUUAUAAAUUCUAAGCCUUGUAGGAUUGUCAUACUCAAGUUUAACAAAGUUUGAGUUGCAUUAGCAUCAACUUCUGUUCUCUAAAUCCGCAGUCUGUAAUAACUCAAAAAUGGCAUCUGAUCUUGCCAACGGUGUGCUGGGAAAGCUUGGCGAGAUUGCGGCACAAGCGGCAUGGAAUGAGGUAUCUCUCUUCCUCAACUUCAAAAAUGACUUCAAAUGGUUGGAGAAGAAGCUCAGACAGAUCUCUGCUUCUCUACAAGCUGCAGAUGAGCAGAGUGAGCCAAAUAAAAAUGUGAAAGAAUGGCUGAUAGAAGUGAGGAAUAUUGCUUUUGAUGCAGAAGAUAUAAUAGAUGAGUGUGCUGUUGAGCAUUUGUAUACAAAUACCAGUCAAUCAUGUUUGUGCAAUUGUAGUGCAUUAGUAUUUCGGUAUAAGAUGGCGAAGAGGAUUAGAGAGCUAAAAGGGAGGAUUAGGGCUACAAUUCGAGAGGCACAGGAGCUCAAGCUUUUCUAUGAUGUGUCCCAUUUAAGUCAGCCCUCAACUAGUACAUCCGGAAGUGAAAGAAGAGAAGAAUUGAGUUUCUUGGAGAAAGAUUUACCAGCAGUUGCAGUGGACUACAAGGUGGAGCAAAUUCUGAGAUUGUUAGACAAUCCUGCCUUUAGAGUUGUUGCCGUCGUGGGAAUGGGCGGGCUGGGGAAAACAUUCCUUCUGCAGCAUGUCUUCAGCAUCACAAAACAAAGGUAUGAGUGUUCUGCCUGGAUUUCUGUUUCACAGACUUAUUCUCUUAGGAAAUUGCAAUGUGACCUAGCCUCCCAAAUUAGUGCACUAGGUAUAAGUGAUGUGCGGGCAGCUGCAUUGAUACAUGAUAAAUUAGAGGGCAAAAGAUGUUUGAUUGUUUUGGAUGAUGUCUGGAGGAGUAGUGUAGAAGGUGACUUGAUAUCAAGACUUGGGAUUCCCACUAGUCGUAAUAAUCAGUGUAAAAUAGUGGUCACCACUAGAAGUACAGGCGUUGCUGAAAACAUGAAUGCCCACAUUUAUGAGAUGCAACAUCUCUCGGAGGGUGAAAGUUGGGAUCUGUUUUGUCUAUUUGCCUUCCAGGAUCGUGAGGGAAAUAGGCCGCCUGAACAGUUGGAGAGGUUGGCACAUCAAAUUGUAAAAGAAUGUGGGAAGUUGCCAUUGGCCAUAAAGACAGUCGCGGCAUCAAUGGCCAAGUCUUCCCUCGCACAAGAAUGGGAGUCAAAGCUGGGGCAAUUAAAAAAGGUAAGAAAUGCAGAGGACCCCAUUUUGAAGAUUCUAAAGCUGAGCUAUGACUGCCUUCCUCCGUAUUUGAAGUCUUGCUUUGCUUAUUUUUCAUUCUUUCCAGAGGACACACAAAUUUCUUUUUCUACCUUUAAAAUUGACAGAACUAUAUACCAUGACUAUGUAAUAUAUUUGUGGAUAGCCGAAGGAUUUAUUCCGCAAGAAAAAGACAUAGAACAGUGGGAUAUAGGGUUAGAUUAUCUACACCAACUUGAAAAUUUAUGUUUGCUGGAAGUAAACAGAGUUACAAGAUGUUACACAGUACAUGACUUGUUUCUUGAUUUGGUUGUAAAUAUAUGUAAAGAAGAUGAGUGUGAAUUUGAUAUUCCCGUCAAUGAAACAAGGUGCCGCAGGUUAUUAUUGGCUAACAAGGGUGUAGAUACUAAUGUAAUUUCAGAAAGGCCUCUUCUUUGUAAGCGAUUCCUCCGCACAUUGUCAUUCUCUCAAAAUCCUGGCAUUAAGAGUGUUCCAGAACAGUUGCUUGAUCACGUGAAAGUACUCCGAGUAAUUGACUUGAGCCGCACUGCCAUCUCCACAUUGCCAAAAUGUGUUGGGAAAUUGAAACUAUUGAAGGUUUUGAAUUUGUCUCGCACAGAGAUCAAGGAGGUGCCGGAUUGUGUAAGAAGACUUAAGAGUCUUCAGUUCCUUGAUGUUUCCAAUUGCAAAAGCCUGCAACGUAUACCUGACUGGAUAGGUGAGCUCAAAUGUCUAUCUUAUUUCAAUGUAAAUAGGUGCACAGAGCUUAUUGAGUGGCGUAUGCCCAAGGGAAUAUCACAGCUCACAAGUCUGAGGACACUGAGAUCAGGUACCGUCCCACUGUCUACUGAAGAAAAUGGAUUUUUAAAUAUUAAAGAUGUUGGCAACUUGAUUGAUCUCCUUGAAAUAAGGUUCGCAUUAAAAGAUGCACGAACAUUGAAAAGUGUAGAAGAUGGUAUCCUUGACAGUCUGGUCAAGAUGAGAAUUUUGUUCGUUGAGAAUGCCAUUUCUACAACGGAGGGUGAUAGAGAAGAAUCCAGUCUUCCAGCGUUUCCAGAAAAAAUGAAAGUUAUGAAAGGUCUUCAAAAACUUAGAAUUGUACGUUUCUCUGUGCCAAGUUGGAUAUGUGGAAUGGAAAAUCUGACAGAACUUUUCUUGACAGAAUGCGGUGAUUAUCCAUCACUCCAAAAGAUGCCCAACUUACAACUAUUGAUUUUGGCGAAUGAUUCGAAAUGCAGAUAUUUGCCCAAGAACUUUGGAGAGAAAGGGGGAUUUCCUAAGCUGGCUAACCUGCAGAUUGAAGACUUCCCACUUUUGGAGGAGUUGCCGGCGUUGGAAGAGGGGGCGAUGCCACGUCUGGAAGGACUAAUGAUAGAGAAUUGUGCGUUGGUGAAGAGAGUUCCGGAGGGAUUGGAGCGGUUGAGGAGACUAAAGGUGAUAGCGGUUGUUGGGGAGGCAAGUGGUGAGUUAGAGGAGAGGUUAAAGGAAGGCGGGGAAGAUUGGAAUAAAAUCAAAGCUAACAAUCCCCGCAUCCAGAUCAUCUUCGCGUAGUAGGUAAAUGAUUGUGUAUGAAUAUUGUAUCUUUUAAUUUUGUAAUGUUGAAAAUUUUGAGUAAAUUUAGAUUUAAAAAAUGUUUUAGCAUUUUUUUCAAGAAGAUAAUGGUUCUUUAGGAUACAAGUGGUAAGUUAGAGGAGAAGGGACAAUUGGAACGGUAGGGAGAAUUAUUCCUUUGACUAUUGUACGAAUUAUUAUGAUAAUUAUUAUGAGAAUUGUUAUGAUAGGAUUUAGAAUGA